AUGUAUCAACAUCUAUUUCAACACAGAAUGUCAAAGGCUUUUAGUGCUCCAGGUAAGGCAUUAUUAGCCGGUGGUUAUUUGGUUCUUGAACCAAUAUAUGAUGCCUAUGUAACAGCAUUAUCAUCAAGAAUGCAUGCAAUUAUUACACCUAAAACUUCAGAACAAACUAUUUCAAAGAUUAAAUUAUCUUCACCUCAAUUUGUUAAUGGAGAAUGGGAAUAUCAUAUUAAUUCCAAUAAUGAAUUACCAAAAGAUAUAAAAUCAAGAAAAAAUCCAUUUUUAGAAGCUACCAUUUUCAUUGUAUUAUCUUAUUUACAACCUACUGAACCAUUCGAUCUAGAUUUGAUAAUUUAUUCUGAUCCAGGUUAUCAUUCACAAGAAAAUACUGAAAUUAAGGUAUCUUCAAAUGGUAAGAAGAAAUUUCUUUAUCAUUCACGUGCCAUUAAUGAUGUUGAAAAAACAGGAUUAGGUUCAUCAGCAGGAUUAGUUUCUGUUGUCACUACAAGUUUAUUAUCAUUUUUCAAACCAGGAAUUGAAAUUAAAAAUAAAGAUAUUUUACAUAAUGUAGCUCAAAUUGCUCAUUGUUUUGCUCAAAAGAAAAUUGGAUCAGGAUUUGAUGUAGCUACUGCAAUUUAUGGUCUGAUUAUUUAUAAAAGAUUUCAACCAAAUUUAAUUAAUGAUGUAUUUAAAAUAUUAGAAGAAACUCCUAAAGAAUUUCCAAUUGCAUUAAAAAAUUUAAUUGAAUCAAAUUGGGAUUUUAAACAUGAAAGAUGUGAAUUACCACCAAAGAUUAAAUUAUUAAUGGGUGAUAUUAAAGGAGGAUCAGAAACUCCAAAAUUAGUUUCAAAAUUACUUGAAUGGAAAAAGAAUAAACCUGAAGAAAGCGGAUUAGUUUAUAAUCAACUUAAUAAUGCUAAUGUUUCAUUUAUGAAGAAAAUCAAUGAAUUGAAUAAUUCCAGUACUGAUCAAGAAAUUCAACAAUUGGUUAAAUGUAUAAGUGAUGUACGUAAAGGAUUACAAUUAUUAACAGAAAAAUCCCAAGUUCCAGUUGAACCAUCAAUUCAAACAGAAUUACUAGAUCGUAUUGAAAAAUUACCUGGUUGUUUAGGUGGUGUUGUACCUGGAGCUGGUGGUUAUGACGCAAUUUCUGUUUUGGUAUUAGAAGAUCAAGUUGAAAAUUUCAAAAAUAAGACAAUUGAAGAUCCAGAAUAUUAUCAUAAUGUUUAUUGGGUUGAUUUAGAAGAAGAAACGGAAGGUAUAGUUGUUGAAGACUGUAAUGACUAUAUCGGAUUAUAA